GGACAUGGAUCUAAUUGAUCAAGACAUAUUCUUCAUAACGCACAUUCCAUCAUCACUAACCGCAGCAGAUCUACGCCGGAUAUUUUCUCACUACGUCGAAGCUGGUGCGUUUGCCUGUUUUCACUAUCGACAUAGACCCGAAUCGGAAGGGAGUGCCUUGAUUCCCCCCAAAAUGAUUGAUGCUGAUGUGAUGCUAAGUCUUCUAAAAAGACACCGCUCACGCAAAACAUGCACCUGUACUGCAGUUAUAGCCGUCAGGCGGGAACAGACUGAGAGACUAAUUGCAUCUUUUUUUGAGUCGUGGUCAACAGAUGAGCUUUCAAGCCAGUAUUCCCCAUGCAAAUUAUACAGAGUAACCUGCACAUUAUCCGACUUUAAUAACCUUGCAAAGCUGAUUGAAUUCACACCACCAACAUUUAUGCCUCAAGGGAAUGUUGGGACACCCUCCUCCCACUUUUUUUCACUUAUUAGAGCUUGUCAGCUGAGUCGUAACAUUAUUACCAAGCUAAAGUUGUGUUUCUCACAUGGUACGCAUCACAGGAAAUAUGGGAGCGUUCCAUAUGACUAUUCUGAUGUCACAUUAGAAGCAUGUCUCGAUGAAGGCGAAAAUGUCGAAAGGGGCCAGUCACGGCUCCGGAUUAAGACUCCAAUAUCAACCGGACUUACUUUUUCCCAUCCCACAAAUUGUGACGAAAUUCCGGAAGAGUGGGACAGAUUUGAAAGUCUCCACGUCGAUCCCUACAACGUCGAUAGAAGUGCCAACCAUUCUCUAAAAUAUGAGAGCAAAGUGGAGCUAAAGUGGGAGAAGGGAGGUCCCGGCCUGGUUCAUUACACGGACGAAAUGUUCUGGAGGGAACGCGAGAGUGUAAGGAGAGAUGAAUUCUUUGACGAGCCUUCAUCAUUUGACUGGGACAUAGAUGUUCGACACUACAGUGAUGACGAAGGUCUGAGCUUUCUAGGACCCGGAGGACCCGACCUCGACACUCAACAGCUUGCUCAGAUUCGAGACGUUAGUGGCGAAAAACCAUUUCUCUCGCGGUAUGCCGUCAGGGUAAUGCAGAAAUACGGGUGGCAUCAGGGGACCCGCCUAGGUAAACGAAAGCAGAAGGGUCUGUUGCGACCAAUCUCUGCGGACGACGGUUGCAUUUCAUUGAAGCGCUCGGGAUUUGGCUUUACAGAAAAAAGGCGGCAGGUCCUCAAAAGGCAGAAUGCCUCCCAACCUACCGGCGGUGCCUACAUACGGUCAAUCUUCGACAGCCCCGAGACAGUUGCACUACGCAGCGGAGCCACGCAUCUGCAAUCCCAUCACCGCACCAAUCCGUCCCUUCAAGUUAAAUAUCGAGAACAUUGGGUCAGUGAAAGGAAUCGCUUAGUUUUAUACAGCGCCCGCGCUCCCCGUGGUUUUGUGGGUGUAAAAUUUCAAUACGGCGGAUUGGUCAAUCCAACGUAA